AUGGCCCGACCACGCCCAUCGCUGUCAAUAGACCUGUCGUCGUUCGAACCCUACGGUCGCAAUGAGCAGGAACAGCUGCCUACCACACCCGACCAGCGCGACGAGCAACAGCCCGCGACCGAUCCCCCACCGCCACCGCGACCACAGCCAUUCAAGCUGAGGAGAAGACGCGCGCCGCUUGCGCCUUUGCCAGAAACAACAUUACUACCCGAGUUUGAAGGCGCCAUUCCCACAAUCGAGAUGUCGGAGGCUGUAUCCGAACUGUCUAGCCCAGACUUGCCGCCGAUGACACCCUCAGACGGUCUGCUCGCGCCGAUGCCAGCAUUCCAGCGACUCACAACUCCAAAGACCCCGGCCCCAAAAGCGGACGACUUCUCCCAAGAUUCCAGCCCCGUCCAUGAGUGGGCCUUGAUCACCGACAGCCGCGACAACAAGCGACCGGCUUUCCAGCGUUCUGGAUCAGUGUGCUCGUCGUUUUCAGACUCAUCGGUCUCGUCAUGUGGCAGCUCAGCCUUCUCCGCGCCAAACAACGGCAGCUGCACCAGCCCAGAAAGUGUUGCGACCGAUCCAUUCACCGAAGACGACAUCAACAAGCAUGACUCCUUCAAGCUUUCGCAAGACACCGACCCGGCCACACCAAGCGCAAAGCGGGUGAAGCGCCAUCGCCAUGUGAAAUGGACUCCUGAAAUGGACCAGCAUCUGGAGAGCACUUACAUCAUGUAUCUGCGCGAUCCGAGAGUGACCCCGUUCAAGACUCUCCCAGGCAUCCCGCCACCACUCGGGGUCUGCUCACGUGUCGCAAGCAAAGCCAGACGGACAUGGAGCCAACACAGAAAUAUCACUCCGACCUCGCUCGACACCAUCCUGGAGUCCGGCAGAUCCGCACGCGAAGGCUCCCCUGAUACUAUUCGCCCGGACACCAUCGAAGCCAGACUUCACCGGCAGCCUGUCUCAUGGCCAUCAGAUGCCGCGACCCGCAGGAGGCUGAGGAAGCUCGUCAAAGGCAAGCCGCAACUGUCAGCUCACUACCAGCGAUUGUUGCGUACCCGCAGUCCGUCACCAUUCGCGUCGUCGAGUGCGCCUAGCCGCUCGUCGGAACCAUCCUCGUCAUCAUUCAAGAGCCACGAGAUGAAGAUGUCGCUGAUCACAUCUACUGCUUCUUCAAUGCAGCCAGAAGGGCCACUCGCACAGCUCUCCAGCGACGACACCGCGAAAGAGGAGACGCAAGUCCGCCCGCAGUCCAGACGCACUUCCCGUCCAUCGGACUGGUUCGGUCGCAUCGGACGCUCUCACGCUCACCAGAAGAGCCUCUCGUUACAGUCUGAGCUGAAUUUGGACCACGACAUCACCCAAUCUUCUGGUCUUCUGGCUUCACCCUUCGACGAAGGUCCUGCGCGCACACAUCUGCUGCAGAGUAUGACGGCAACCAAAUCGCUAGGUCGCAGCGAGUUCAAUGGCAAAGGUCGCAAGGUACCGUCCCUGGAUUCCCCGAUUGAGCUCACUGGAGCACCAACGGCACCUCGCUCGCUAAAGCGCCGCUUCAAGUCGGAUGAGGAGAAGCCGCGUCGACCAGUUCUGGCUGAUGUGUUCGGCCCACCAUCAGAAGAGUCUGGCAACCUCCGCAACCGUGGCUUCACAGUGGGAGCUCAUCGAGCGUCCGACAACCUCACCAGGAUCUUUGAACCUUCAGUCUUCGAGCCACCAGCCGCGCCUACAGUGUCCUCGCCUGACCACGAGAUGACCGAAGCGCCGCCGACAUCAGACCUGUCGCAUCUCGGACCUAUCGGCAGCCGCUCAGCUCCUCGCCGUCUGGCAGAGCCUAUCCCACGCCUCGGCUCGCCGUUCAUGGAGACUCCUUUGUCCAGAGGCCUGUUCAAUACCUUCCCGCGAAGCUACGUUCCUACCGCGAGCAAACCGCAGCCCUUUCAGGAGAGGCUGCGCGAACUUGCUGCACAGAACCAGAACCAGAACCAGCAGGAUUGA